AUGGAUAACAAAGGCAAAUCCAAGGCCAUUGACGAUUACGUGCGAACGGCAUCCCAAUUCCAUCGUAGCAGGGGGAUAGACAGCGGCAAAGAGAUAUGGGAGGACGAUGCUGCCACCAUUGCUCUUGGCGGCCGUCAACGUGACAGGAGCCUUUUCCUCAGCUUCUUAGAUGAACAGGAUGAUUCAAAGAGCGAAGAAGAGUCGACUUUACACAAUCAGAGGUUGCCCCAAAUUGGCGACACAUACAUAGAUCCAUUUCAGCCUGUGAACUCUUGUGCCUCUACUACAAACAGUGUUGUCAAGGAUUAUGCUGAGCUACCCUCCCAAAUUCCACUACUGAAUAUGGAUGUUGCUAAAGAUUUGCGUGCACAAUCAUCAUCUUCUUCUUCAAGGAGCGUGCUUGCGAAUUUUGCUAAUAUGAUGGUGAUGCAGGAGGCAUGCCUUCGUGCGUUGAUUGACCCAGAUCAGGAAUUAUCCUGCAAACUAUGGCGUCAGUCCCCCGAGGCUUUGAAGAAUCACUACGCUCUCGAAGUUGAGAUGGCAUGUUCUGGGGGGUAUGUGCCAAAUAUAAAUGCUCCUGGGAAUUCCCAGGUCAAUUCACUUCUUCAGCUGAUCAAGAAUCCAGUAAACCAGUCUAUGCGGCUCAUCAAUGUCAAGGGUCACGUGCCUGCUCUCAGUGCUGACCCAAUUGGGAGCUGCUUUAUACGGCAGAAACUUGACGAAGCAACUACUGGAGAGAUAGUUAUGCUAUAUAAAGAAAUCACGCCUCACAUCCUUACACUGGCCACUGAUGCCUUUCCCACUUAUGUUAUCCAAAAGCUUCUUGAGCAUGGACCAGCAGUCUACUUCAGGAUACUAAUUGCUAAUCUAAUGGGGCAUGUGUUAGACCUAAGCCUUCAUCUCUAUGGUUGUCGGGUGAUCCAGAAGGCUUUUGAAAUAAGCGGCAUUAGUCAACAAAUAGGGAUGGCCACGGAGCUUGAUAGCAACCUAUUCAAAUGUAUCUGCGAUCAACAUGCAAACCAUGCCGUUCAGAAAUGCAUGGAGUGUGUGCAGCCACAAUAUAUCCAAUUCAUCUAUAGACGAUUAUGUGGCAAGGCCAAGAUGUUAUCCACCCAUCCUUUUGGAUUCCAUGUGGUUCAGAAAAUGCUGGAGUUCUGCAAGGAUCCUCAAAUUAUGGACAGGUUUAUCACAGAGAUUCUCGAUUGUGUAAAGGAGUUGUCUAUAGACCCAUAUGGAAACUACGUUGUGCAGUACAUUGUGGAGCAUGGAGGACCUCGUUAUCGACAAAUUAUUAUGUUGAAACUUGCUGGAAGCAUAGUACAGAUGAGCCACCAGAAGCACUCUUCCAAAGUCAUUGAGAAGUGCCUGAUCUAUGGCAGCUACCACGAUUGCAAGCUUCUCAUAAAUGAGAUCCUUUCUGCAGGCGGUGGUCAAACUGCAGAUCAUCUCGUGGGCAUGAUAAUCCACCAGUAUGCAAACUGCGUGGUGCGGCAGAUGGUUGACGUGGUGAACGAUUGGCAGUUCAAUGUGAUCGUGGAUGUGCUGAGGCGCAACAGGGACACUUUGGUCAUGUACGCCCAUGGGAGGCAGGUCAUCGCGCAGGUCGAGCGGCUCCUCAACGGCAUGGCACCAUCCCCCGACUCCUUUGGGCAAACAUCGUCGUCGUCCAAGUUCGUCUAG